AUGGCUUCGAAACCCAGCGUAUUCUUGAGCAGCCUCGAGUGGAAAGCUCUGCUCGCAGGAGGCUGUCUUUUCACGGCCGGCGCUCUCAUCGGCAGUGUUGUCGCUGGCAGACCGAAGAAAGCAACCAUCAUCCCGUCGCCGCGGACCACUCGACUCCCCAAACUGUCCGAGGAGGAGAAAUCGCAGCUGCCGUACCCUCCGGACGUGCUUCCCGGAGCGAGGGAUGUCGACACUCCGUACGGCACGAUCAAAGUCUACGAGUUCGGUCCGGAAGACGGCCGGAAGGUGCUCCUCGUGCAUGGCAUCAGCACGCCGGCCAUCUCGCUGGGCGGCGUGGCCCAUGGGCUCGUGGACCACGGAUGCCGCGUCAUGCUCUUCGACCUGUUUGGACGAGGCUACUCGGACAAUCCGGUGGACCUUCCGCAGGACGCCAGGCUCUUCACCACGCAGAUCUUGCUGGCACUGGCAUCGUCGCCGCUCUCUUGGACCGGGAAAGACUCGGGCAAAUUCUCGCUGAUGGGCUAUUCCCUGGGAGGAGGUAUCUCGGCCGCAUUCACAUCUUACUUCCCGGAUCUGGUGGACAGUCUGGUCCUCGUCGCGCCAGCAGGAUUGAUCAGACCCGCCCACAUCAGCAGGACCAGCCGAAUCAUCUAUUCCGAAGGCAUCAUCCCUGAACCGAUCCUGCAGCGCUUGAUCAGGAGGCGACUUCGACAGCCGCUGGCGACACCGGCCAACGCGGGAGACUCCAAGGGCCAGAAGGGGGACGCAACCGAAGCAGUGCAUGCCGAAGUCAACCUCGAAUCCAACUCCCAAGCCGCCCUCUCAAAGAUCCGUCCUCACGUCACUGUGGAAGCCGCGGUCCUAGACCAGUUGACUGUUCAUCCGGGUUUCGUCCCCGCCUACGUGUCAAGUAUGCGAUACGGGCCAGUCCGGUCCCAGCACGAUCGAUGGCGAAUCAUUGGAGAUCGGCUUAGUCGACAGAAUCAAGAGAAGGGCACGCAGAAGAAAGUUCUGAUCGUCUGUGGUGCGACCGAUCCGAUCAUUAUUAGAUGGGAGCUGGAGGAGGAUGCGACAGAGGUGCUCUCCGGUAACGUGGAAUUCGUCGUCCUGGACGCUAGACAUGACGUGCCUAUCACGAAGCCGGAUCAGAUUGUCGAACAUCUCGUGGACUUUUGGAGGCGGACAGACUUCCCCUAA